AUGGCUGCGAGAAUCCUUCGCUUGCUGAAAGAUGGCCACUCGAACGACUGCAUUCCGUGCCACGUGGUCGAAGAGUUUGACCGGGAAAUCGAUAGGGAGAGUAUUGAAGCUCUACUCGAAAAAGAUUUCGAACUCACCGAAGAAGCACUACCCGGAGGCGAGCACUUGAUUCCAGACCAAAUUUGGGGAGUCGGGGAGAUUGAGCCACUCGUCGACGCACGGGGCUAUGCCCGUGGAACUGUGAUUCCGACCGGCAUCUACUUUGAAAUCAUGGCCAUCGGCGCCUACGAAGAAUCAGACUUCGUCCAGGGAUACGUCGGGUACCGCUGGGGUCUGUUAAUAUCCGAAAUGGCCAUCGAGCAUGCAGUUGCCGGACAUAUAUACGACUUAGCUCUCAGUCGACUUCAGCACGCAUCUAGGGAGCAAUCUGGAAAUCAAUCUGGGGAGCAACCUGGAAAUGAAUCUGGGGAGCAACCUGGGAAUCAAUCUGGGAAUCAAUCUGGAAAUCAAUCUGAUCGCCACGCCGCUCUCAUCGCCGAGCAUGAGGGACGCCGUGCAGGCACCCUGGCAACGAGUUCAGAGCAAGUGAGCAAUGAGCAACUUGUGUUUUUCAACAAUCCUCCACCAGUUUACGAGCCGCGGCCAGUAUUCCGAGGACUGGAGCUCCGACAUCCUCGUGAGAUCGUCCCCGUCGAUGGGCAUCUUCCCCCUUUCUUCACAGACCAGCCUCCUGCCCCUCCGUCAUAUUCUACUGAAAUGGAUCCUCCUUCAUACGACAACAUUGAUGUCGAUCUUGAGACCCGCUCGUCGUCACCAUCACCACCACCGCCGUCCCCAACUGUCAUCAGUCGACGAAGCAAUCAGCCGGCGAGUGAAUCAAGCUUCUCCGAUGCAACCACCGCCCAAGCCGACUUCCCGCCAUUCCAGGGUAAACCGGAGCACCCCCAAGCUGAAAAAUACUUCAGCAGGUCUAACGUUGUGGACUUUCUGUUUGACGGACUGCACGAGAUUGACCUUUAUCCCGAUGGCCCGUUUGAACCAGUCAGGCUCCAGGAAGAGGAACUCCGAUAUAUGAGGAAAUUCAUCGAAUUUCGGGCCUCACAGCGAGAGAAGAUUGAAGUGCCAAUAUCUGAACGCUUCCAGGAAUUCCUAAUUGAGGAGGAGCAGGAGUUGUGGGCUCGACUUGUGGAUGCGUUCCUCCGAGAAAUGGGUGUCAGUGGCUGUGCGACAUCCCGAACCGUCAUGGUGGAAUUUCCCGUCAACAUGAGCUUCGCAGGAUUUUGCUUCAUAAUCAACCAUAUGAGGUUGAGCAGAGGUGCGCCGGAAAUAUACUCCCAUAAGCCAGAUGCAUUUAUUGAACCGGUAGUGGAUGAGCUUCGACUAAGCAGGAAUCCCUCGGUCUUGAAGGUGUUGGCCAAGCGCGGGCCCGAUCUCACCGCAACAGUGCAGAGCGCUGGAGACCUCUGCCAGUUGUUCACCGAAAUCCGCGCACAAAGAGAGGCCAACCCACCAAUAAGGCUCGAUUUCUAUCCCGAUGACACGACAUCCCACCGGAUCGUUGCCCCCGGAUUUGAUGACCAACUUUGCAUAGGCUCAUACUCUCUCUCACCCAGUUGGAGCUGUGAUGCAGAAAGACUGAUCGGAAGCGGUGGCGAUGAACAUCGCGUCUGGCUCAGUAAAGCUCGGGAACUGAUCUGGGGGUUAUUCGAGUCCACAGAUGCCGAUUUCCCUGUCGGUAAGCGAAUAUUGGAGAAUUGCGCCCUUGAUUUGCUGGAUGACACUGAACAGGGUUCAGAAGAACACGAAGACAUGAAGAUUAUAGUGGCGCAGAUCCGUCGUCUGAAAGAUGUCUCGGAAGCUUCUCAGCUUACUCUGGAGUGGUGGGCCGCGGUCGCCACCAAUUUUGCUCUGACACAAACAGAAGAGGAAACGUGUCAUGCGCUUUGGUUGGCGAUGUCAGAGAGAGGGCCGGACUCAGAUGACGAGGGCUCCUCAGAUGACGAGGGCUCCUCAGAUGACGAGGGCUCCUCAGAUGACGAGGGCUCCUCAGACGACGAGGGCUCCUCAGACGACGAGGGCUCCUCAGAAGGCGAGGGUUCCUCAGAUGGAGAGGGUUCCUCAGAUGGAGAGGAGAGCCCAGCUGAAGAGAGAGCCUCAGUCGAAGAGAGAGCCUCAGUCGAAGAGAGAGCCUCAGUCGAAGAGAGAGCCUCAGUCGAAGAGAGAGCCUCAGUCGAAGAGAGAGCCUCAGUCGAAGAGAGAGCCUCAGUCGAAGAGAGAUCCCGAGCUGAAGAGUGA